CCCCUCCCGAUUUCCCCAGUCCCUGGCGGCGGUGGCGGGGCAGUGGUAGCUAGAUCCCGGAUCUUCAGCCCAGCUGGACGGUAGUGGUGGUGGCGCCAUGGCGUGCGCUGGGCUGCUCACCGUGUGCCUGAUCCAGCAGCCCGCGCCUCAGCCCCCGCGGCUCCCCACGCCAGCCGCUGGUUCUGCGGGACACGCGCUGUUCCAGGAUGUUUUUCGAAGAGCAGACAAGAAUGAUGAUGGUAAGCUCUCAUUUGAGGAAUUCCAGAAUUACUUUGCUGAUGGGGUCCUCAGCCCUGGGGAGCUGCGAGAGCUGUUCAGCGGCAUCGAUGGGCAUUCUACUGACAAUUUGGAAACGGAGAAACUGUGUGACUACUUCUCAGAACACCUGGGCGUCUACCGGCCCGUGCUGGCUGCGCUGGAGUCCCUGAAUCGUGCAGUGCUCACCGCCAUGGACACCACCAAGCUGGAGUACGAGCAGGCCUCCAAGGUGGACCAGUUUGUGACACGCUUCCUACUGCGGGAGACGGUGAGCCAGCUGCAGGCCCUGCAGAGCUCUCUGGAGGGGGCGUCAGACACCCUGGAGGCCCAGGCCCAGGCCCAGGCCCCUGGGCCAUGGUCGGAUGGAGAGAGAGUGGCGGUGCAGAGCCGGCCCCGUGGCAGCCGGCGGGCAGGGCGCAGGGGCUUGCGCAGCAUCGGUCGGUCGCCCACCUGGUCUCCUGGCUGCUCUGACACAGGGCGGAGUUCGGAGGCUGAGAUGCAGUGGCGGCUCCAGGUCAACCGUCUCCAGGAGCUCAUUGACCAGCUCGAGUGCAAGUCCCCGAGGCUGGAACCCCUGCGUGAAGAGGAGCUUACCAAGGGGCUUGACUCGCACAUCCUCGUGGCCCAGAGGCAGGUGCAGGUGGCGGAGGAAGCCCUGCAGGACUUCCACCGCGCCCUCAGCUGCUACGUGGAUUUCACCGAGGCCCAGAGCCAUUGCCUGCAUGUUUCUGCCCAGAAGAUGCUGGACAGUGCCUCCUUCACACUGUACGAGUUCUGGCAGGAUGAGGCCUCCUGGAGAAGACACCAGCAGUCCGCCUGCAGCAAGGCCUUCCAGCGCAUCCUCAUCGACCACCUGCGGGCCCCAGACACCCUCACCACUGUGUUCUUCCCAGCCUCCUGGUGGAUUAUGAAUAAUAACUGAGCCAGACCUGCAUUAGCCAAUGACCCCGAGGCCCUUCCUGCCUCCUUCAGGAGCUUCUGGACCGGUCAAUUCCGCACCGAGGCCAAGGACGCUGCUGCUCCUGACCUGCGCCUGGCUCUCACAGGCCUCCCGGACCCGCCGGUGGAGAGUCUCUCAGCCCAGGGAUCGGGCACUGGGCUGCCUGCUUUCUGUUUCUUGAUCAGUGUAUUUUAUUUGUAGCUUUGGUCUCUGAUGCAUUCUGGCUUCUGCCUGGCUAGGAGGCCUGGAUUCUGGCUCCCUCUGCCUGCCUUGCUGUGCCACCUGACCCGGGACAGCUCCCUUCCUGCUCUGGAUGGGCCUCGGGCUGUCUGGCUGCCUCGUGCGCGCCCUGCUUUCUUCCUGCUGUCUUGGGGCCAAGCUUCUGCCCUUCCUCAACCAGUAGCAGAACCAGGACUGAUGCUCAGGGAUCCCCAACCCUACCCUGAACCUCAACCCCUCUGGGUGGGCUGGAUCUAUCUGCAGUGUGGGGUGAGGACCUGGGUGUCCCCAUCACCUUCCUGGGCUGGCAGGCUUCUGACCCUCCCAGCACCCUCCACGGCACCAGAGACAACCAGAAGAUCCUGGGUUGGUUGCAUGUCAUUUGCAUAUAAUUUGCAUGUUCAUGCCCACCCAUACUCAGCACACAAUGGGAAGCCCCAGGGUGACCUUGCCAAGUAGUGAUAAUUUGGGUCUGGGUCGAGUCACCUGCUGUCCCCAGAUACCUCUGAACCCAGCCCAUGCUCCCCACAGGGAGACAAUAAAAGCAGUGGUUACCUCUGGGGUCUCGUCCCAUCUCUCCCUUGGCAAGCAGGCCAGGUGGUGGGGCUGGUUUUCCUCUCUGACCACAGCUCAGGGCAGGAAGCCUUUCUUCAGAAAUCAGUCCGUUCAUCUCAAGCCCCCCGCCUGCAGGUGGGGGGAACUUCCUCACCUCUGACCCCGUUUUUCUCAGUUCAGGGCCCUCUCACCCCCACAAGCCAGGGUCCUGGGAGUGCAUGUGGUCUGUGCUUUCAGCGCCCCCCAGCUGUUGACUGGGGGUUCUAGCUUCACCCCAAACUCGCCGAAAGGGUGUGCAGUGCAGUUGGGGACUGAGCCCAGAGCCUUUUCAGGGUCCCAGGGGGCGUGGUGGGGUUCCGUGAAACCUGUCUCCAGAGAAAGCCCGCCGCUCUGCCCUUCCGCACCCCCUGCCCCCCUGCACCCCCUGCCAGGCCACCCCUGCCCCUGGCAUAGAGCAGGUCCGGGAGAGUAAGGGCCCGGUCUGUCUGUCCAGCCUCUGGGGGAGGGACUGGGGCAUGGAGGGCGGUGACUGUCACAGGAGAGCACAGGAUGUGUCCUCCAACCUUACCUGGGGUGGGGGGAGGUCUUCAGUUAGGGCUGUUCAGACUUGGGGGUAAAGAACUUGCCUCAUUGAGCUGAAAGAGCCCCAGCACUGGGCUGCGGCCGGGACGAGGGGGAAGGGGGCUGAAACUCAGGUGAGGGGUGUCAGGGCCUCUCACGUGCUUGGAAGCCGUAGCAGGUUUUAAGCUCGGGGGGACUGGCCCAUGGGCUGAGUGACAUUUCGCCAAUGUUAAGUGGCCAGUGGUGCCAGGUCCUUGCCAGGCACUGGGGGAGGCCAGGAACGCAGCUCCGAUGGUGGCAGCUCAGGGCCGACAUCCUCGUCUGGGAUGCCAGGCAGGGUCUACCCUGAAGUUUUUCCCCCAGCGACCCCUGCGGGGGCUGAGACUUGUAGGGGCACAGGGAGCUGCUCCCGCUGGCCUGGCCACCCAAGGAACCAGCGCAGGGCUCCCUGGUGGCUCCUCGGCCGGUGCUACGCCGGGCUGCCCCCCUGCCCCUCUGCCCCUGGGACUCGCCUCCUGGAAAGUGCUGCCCGCACCUGAGCCCACUGGGCUCUGGGUGGGCGUGAGGAGGUUCCAGCAUCUGUCCUUGU